CAAAAAAACACACACACACACACGGAUUCAAGUCAUCUCUGAACCGCAGAGAUUCUCCUUCAGUCGCUUCGUGUAUUUACAGCUGCCGCUGCGAAAAACGACUAGAUAGAAUGGGCACGACCUGCUCUUCUCGAAUCACAGCCGUUUGGAGAUAAGAGGGCGGAAACGCGAGUAAAACAGACGGAGGAGAUAGAAAAACAGACGAGGAGCGCGAGAAGGCCGAGCCCAUCGAGGGAGCGCGAGAGCAGUCUGGUUUCUCACGCGACAGGCGCGCGGCGCUCAACUGGAUUUGCUGCUCAACCCGACGAGGACGAAAACACGCCCGUAGCACACCGUACAUGUGGAUUAUUCGUGGAAAUUUCUUAAUUUCCUAUUCCUCAGAAACUACAUAAACGUCCAGUAGCGAUAGACCUUCACCUUCCGCGGAGAGGUCGGUGACUGACAGGACUCAACUCCCCAUGAUGCACAGCGUUUGUGACAAGACCACACCCACUUUCAGUGUGUAGAGGAAGUUGCAUCGUCAGCAUGUCCUCGCACCAUCAGUCAGUGCCUCAGGGUCGGAGGGCUGUGGAUGCUCGUCACCUUCCUAGUCCUGCCACCCUACCUCACCACACUGACUAUAAAACAAAAUCUGAUAUUGGUGGACUGGUGGACUACCAUCCUCACGCUCGGGACUAUGGUUCCCAUCUGUCCCAUGGAUCCCUGGCCCAGCCUCACCGUCGCAGACCAUCCCUUCUCUCUGAAUUUCAGCCAGGCAGUGAAAGAGGUCAAGAGCCCCACAUCCGAUAUGAACACAUUUACCUACAGGACCCCGGCAGCCAAUCAGAAGUGGAAUACUCAGAGAUGAAGCGUCCUCGCAUGGAAAUCGGGACAGAGUCUCUUAUUCGUCACUCAGCUCAUCGUCAGCCCCCCACUGUGGGUGGAGCUGAGGAAAUGGCAAAGGAGCACAGCAGCAGCAGCAGUUCCAUUGGAAAGAUUGAGCCCAUCUCUCCCGUGAGCCCAGUGCCCAUGGAGCACGACCUGGACCUGGUUCCCUCUCGCCUCUCCAAAGAGGAGCUAAUCCAGAACAUGGACCGGGUGGAUCGGGAGAUCACCAUGGUGGAGCAGCAGAUCUGUAAACUGCGUAAAAAACAGCAACAGCUGGAGGAAGAAGCUGCGAAACCCCAGGAGCCAGAGCGCACCAUCUCACCUCCACCUAGUGAAGCCAAACACCGCAGCCUUGAUCAGAUCAUCUAUGAUGAAAACAGGAAAAAGGCAGAGGAGGCUCAUCGCAUCCUGGAGGGACUCGGACCCCGAGUAGAGCUGCCUUUGUAUAACCAGCCGUCUGAUACCAAGCAGUACCAUGAGAACAUCAAGAUAAAUCAGGCAAUGAGGAAGAAGCUCAUUCUGUAUUUCAAAAGAAGAAAUCAUGCUCGAAAACAGUGGGAACAGAAAUUCUGCCAGCGCUAUGACCAGCUAAUGGAGGCCUGGGAGAAGAAAGUUGAGCGCAUCGAGAAUAACCCACGCCGUAGAGCCAAAGAGAGCAAAGUGCGGGAGUAUUACGAAAAACAGUUUCCUGAGAUCCGCAAACAGAGGGAGCUGCAGGAGCGCAUGCAGAAUAGAGUGGCUCAGCGAGGUGGCGGUUUGGCCUCAGCAGCCCGCAGCGAACAUGAGGUUUCUGAGAUCAUCGAUGGCAUCUCAGAGCAAGAGAACUCAGAGAAGCAGAUGCGUCAGUUAGCUGUGAUUCCUCCCAUGCUGUUUGAUGCCGAGCAGCAGAGGAUAAAGUUCAUCAACAUGAACGGGCUGAUGGACGAUCCCAUGAAGGUCUACAAAGAUAGACAGGUCAUGAACAUGUGGAGUGAACAGGAGAAGGACACUUUCCGUGAGAAGUUUAUCCAGCACCCAAAAAACUUUGCCCUGAUAGCCUCCUUUCUGGAGAGAAAGACAGUGGCUGAGUGUGUCCUGUUCUACUACCUGACUAAGAAGAAUGAGAACUACAAGAACAUUGUUCGCAGGAGCUACCGUCGCCGAGGCAGGAGCCAGAAUAACCAACAGGCACAGCAACAGGUGAACCGCAACAAUCAGGAAGAGAAAGACGACAAGGAGAAAGAAAAGGAGGGAGACCACGAGGAGGAAAAAGCAGAGGGAGAUGAGAAAGAGGAUGGCAUGAAAGAUGACACCUCUGGUGAGGACGGGGAGGAGAAAGAGCCUCCUGUAACCGCUAAAGGCAGGCGCACCGCAAACAGCCGCGGUCACCGGAAAGGACGUGUCACUCGCUCUAUGACCAACGAGCAGGAAGAGAACACUUCACCGCUAAGCAGUGAGCUGGCUAAUCUGGAGAUGAAUGAAAGUUCUCGCUGGACUGAAGAGGAGAUGGAGACCGCAAAGAAAGGUCUGCUCCAGUAUGGCAGAAAUUGGUCCGCUAUUGCCAAGAUGGUGGGCUCCAAAACAGUCUCUCAGUGCAAGAACUUCUACUUUAACUACAAGAAGAGACAGAAACUGGAUGAGAUUCUGCAACAGCAUAAAAUAAAAUCGGAGAAAGAGCGUAAGGCCAGACGUAAAGGUAAAGCUCUUCAGAACGAGGAAGCCAGCGCUCCAUCUGCUGCAGAGGAAGAGGAGAUGGAGGGAUCGGGAGUCAGCGGCAAUGAGGAGGAGGCUCAGGAGGACGGAGAGGGUGGAGCCAAUAACAGCUCAGACACUGAGAGCCUCCCUUCCCCACGCUCUUCAGAUGACAGCAAGGUCAAAGAAGAGGGCUCUGCACGGCCCAAAACUGCACCCAACGCUACUUCCUCCUCGUCCUCAACGGAUAAGGACAUGGCAGCUACGGAGACGGGGCCGGAUGAAAUGCCAAAAGUGGAGAAAGGAGAAGUGGAACAGGGAGGAGUGAAGCAGGAGGUAAAGACCGAACUGGAGGAGUGUGGUAAUGAGGCAGCAGGAGAAGAUAAGAAGCCUCCUGCCCUGGAGGUGGAGGAGGGAAAGAAAGAGGUCAAAAAGAAAGAGCAUGGAGGAAAGAGCGGAGCUCAAGACAGCGACUCCAGCGCCACAUGCAGCGCCGAUGAGGUGGAGGAGACAGAAAGCUCAGACAAGAACAGGCCAAGUUUGUUGAGUUUCGCCCAUGAUGGAGUGAUCACUUCUCCAGUUCAGAAACCGCUGGACCUCAAACAGCUCAAGCAGAGAGCAGCCGCUAUACCUCCCAUAAUGCCAGAGGUGUCGGUAGCAGGACGUGAUAACCGGCCCAGGUUGUUGGGGAAGCAGCAGGCUAUGCCUCACGCUCUUGCAUUGUACCAGCAGCAGAUUACCAUGGCUCAUGAAUCUUCCCAGGAGGCCAAACAGCAACAACCACAGCCAACCAAAUCUCAGCAUAACACAGGGGGCGGAGAUUCAAGCAGCCCACGGGUCAGGACUCGCAGCCCUGGUCUCUCUGAGAGAGAGAGAGAAGAGCUGGAGGGGAACGAGAGAUGGCUUCAGGCUCUGCUUCAUGGAUUACAUAAAUCUCGGGCAUUCUCUCCUCUUGCGGAUGGUAAAAAGAUUCCCGGGGCAGAUGACGUUCGGGCUAUAGGUCUAGGCCGGCCAGUGAUGUCACCGUACCAGCUCUCUCCCAGAGACAUGGCCAAACUCAGCCAUGAACAGCUGCUACUCUACAAUCCCUCAUUGGCACCCACUCUACAGCCACAGGAGAGAAUGGCUGCAGUGCGGCCUCUCCAUAUCCCAGAACCCCCUCCUCUCAUCUCCUCUGCCAAACCUGGUGGUUCCAUCACGCAGGGUACUCCGGUGCAAUUGCACAACCCUUCUCAUGGCUCCGACCAUGGGAAAAUCCCAGCACCAGGAUCCCUGGCUCUCUCCUGGAUGGACCAGAGGAAAAUGGGAGGGUUUCCAGUGGUUAAACAGGAGCAGUUGUCUCCACGCGGCGCCGCCUCCUCUCAGACUGAGAAUCUCUCCUCACAGGACAGCACUACGUCACGGGGCCCCAUGCCAGCUGUUCAGGGUGGCAGUAUCACGAAGGGCAUCCCUGGCACACGUGUGCACCAAGAACCUUCCAUAUCAUAUCGAGGAGGUUCAAUCACUCAGGGCACUCCUGCAGAUGUCUUGUAUAAGGGCACAAUAACCCGUCUGAUCACCGAGGACAGCCCCAGCAGAGAGAGAAGCAGAGAAGACACUCCUACUAAGGGGCACGUAGUCUACGAGGGCAUCAGUGGACACAUCCUCUCCUUUGACCGGGGUCCAAAUUCUAAGGAAGAGAGUCGAGGAGAUAUGGCUGGGCUGAAGAGGACCUAUGACAUGAUGGAGGUUGGCAUUUCUCGUGUACCACCCAUCAGAGACUCACUAUCUGCCGCUGAAGGCUUGAUCAGUCGAGCAAUGCCUCACGAGCGUGAUAGUCCUCAUCUACACCACAUCCGUGGAUCCAUAUCCCAAGGAAUCCCGCGGGAUGACUGUCAGCGCCGGGAGGUUAAACAGAUGAAAAGAGAGGGUUCCCCAUCACCCCGUGGCCCUGGUCAUCCCACUGACACUCUUAAAUCACGCUCUCACGAGAGUAUGGUGACCACUGUCAAAGAGGGAGGACGCUCCAUCCACCUGAUCCCUCCUGAGGGGGUUGUGAUAGGCAAGCCUAAGGAGGGCUCAAUCACCCAGGGUACCCCUCUGAAACAAGAGCCUGUUGGCUCAUCCAAGCGCCAUGAUGUGCGGUCCAUCAUUGCCAGCUCUCCUCGGCCUUACUCUGGAAUGUCCUCUCAUCUAGAGCUCAGGCCCGAGCACAGAGGGUCUGACAGGGCCCGCUAUGAGGAGGUAGGUAGCAAAUCACGACCCAGUGCUGUGGUCAGCACCUCCGGUUCUCUGUCCCGUACUUCUCCAUUGGCACUUAGUGGAGAGCAGAGCAGCAGACCCCACCACAGUCCAGUGGGCUAUGAAGAUCACAAAAGAACCGGCUACCCUCCGCCCUCGCACAGAGCCUCUCCACUGUCCAGCAGAGAAUCCUCACAGCGUGCGCAUGAAGGCUCUAGUAAGGCCCAGCAGCAGGAGAGAAAAGCCACUCCCACCCCUCGAGAGGUGAGCUCCACUAAGUCUCCAUUGGCAGUUGGUGAGCACACUGCGUCUUUGGCCUACGAGAGGAUCCUGCAGGGGCUGGGAACGGAUAUGUACCAUGGCCAGAUACCUCUACAAUUUGACCCCUCAACUCUGCCCAGGGGAAUCCAGAUUGAGCCAGCGUAUUACCUGCCCCGUCACCUGCCCCCUGGCCCUGGCUACCCUCACCAUUACCCACCAUACCUGAUCAGAAGUUUCCCUGAAACAGCAGCCCUGGAGAACAGACAAACGCUCUUCAACGACUACAUUACUUCCCAGCAGAUGCACCAGUGGCCAGCCGCUGCUGCCAUGGCUGCCCAGAGACCCGACCUGCUCAGAGGCCUAACACCUCGAGAGCAGUCUCUUAACUUAGCCUACUCACCUACACCCAGAGGAACAUCUGCCUCUCCCAUGGAUCGUAUCGCAUACAUCCCAGGAAGCUCUCCAGCUUUCCCCAGCGGAGCCUACAACACAUCUCCCAUCUCACCAGUGGGAGCCUCUCACAUGAGCAAGAUCCAAGGCAGUUCGACGUCCUCAGAAAGAGAAAGAGAACGGGAGAGGGAGAGAGAGAGAGAGAGGGAAAGAGAGCGAGAUCGUGAGAGAGACCGAGAGCGGGAUCGAGAGAGGGACAGGGAACGAGACCGAGAGAGAGAGCGUGAGAAAGAUCGGGACAGGGACAGAGAAAGAGACAAGUCCCUAGGUCAUGGUAACGUGGAACAUGCCCCUAUAUGGAGACCAGGAGCACCAGAACAGAUGGGUGGCAGCAGCAGCAGCAGUUCUCGUCCCCCAUCUCAUCCAUACAGUCACCAGUCAUCUCCGCUCUCCCCUCGUCCCCAGGACAGCCUGCAGCAGAGACCUAGCGUUCUGCACAACACCAGCUCAAAGAGCCUGGCCAAUUCUGAGCACAACAGUCCCUCUGUGCUGCGGCCACCAGGAUCCGCUCGCUACCAGGGCUUCAGUGGGCACCUUCGGUCUGGUCUAGCCAAUGAGGGUUACCCAUCUGGUACAGACUCAAACGCUAAAGAUUCAAAUAGAGAUGGGGGCAAAAGCCAUGGGCGUGGAGGUCUGCCCAAACAUCAAGACCUUUCAUCCUCUUCCAAGUCUGACCCCAAGCUGGCCAGCCCUGGUGCUGGUGGGUCAUACCCCUCUCCGUACAGCCAGGCCCCUGGUGCCCACCUCGGUCUGCCCACAAGUCGAGGGCACCCCUUGCUGGCUUCCGAAAACAACAGCGGCAGCAGUUCCAUCCCGUCCCGUGGUGGAGAUGGCAUCAGCAGCGCGUCAAGUAGGGAAAAGACUCAAAACAAAGUGAUGUCCAUACAGGAACACGAACUUCGAGCACUCGAGACUGGUGCGCUCGCGACCAACGCCACCUGUGAUGCUCACCAAAAGGCACUAGAACAGCUGUACGGGUCUGAGGACAGACUUUCUCCAGGUCAGCAGCCGCCUUCUGCUGUCAAAGGCUCUCAGAGAGUGGUCACCCUCGCCCAGCACAUUAGUGAGGUGAUCACUAAAGACUACACGCGCCAGUCGCAGCAAGGCCAGAUAGGGGGUCAAUCAUCUCUACAGCCUGUGUUUGGAUAUCACAACUCCCCUGUGCUGGAUCUCACUCGUCCUCCCAGCGCCCCCCAAGCCCAGAACCCCACAGACCUCAACGCCCGCUACACCCCAGAAGGCACUGCUGCUGAGAGGGAAAGAGGGAGAGACAGGUCUCCUUCUCAGAGUAAGGCCUCUCCAGUGAGUCUGGUUGCUGAUGGGAUUGAACCUGUUUCACCACCAGGGGCCAUUUCGGAGCCGGAGACACCAGGAGCUGCCUACCCUAAUGAACAAGCAGAGCAGUGUAUGGGAUCUCGUUCACCCGCCAGCAGCUCUCACCCACCAGCCUUCUUCAGUAAACUGACUGAGAGCAACUCCGCUAUUGUCAAGAGCAAGAAGGAAAUGAUUAAGAAGAUGGUGGUUGGCACAGAGGCUGAAUUCAAUCAGGGCCAACCUGGGACAGAAAUCUUUAAUAUGCCCGCCUCUACAAAUGCAGGACCCGUGAGCGUGCGCAGUCACCCGGCCCCAGAGGCCAGCGGUAAUACUAUAGGUCUGGAGGCCAUCAUCAGGAAAGCCCUCAUGGGCAAGUAUGAUGAACAGAUGGACGAUCGCUCGCCGUCCAACUCUGUCAACUCGAUGAGUGUUAAUGUGCCAGCUGCUGUCGGGCCGCCAGCUUCGGCGGAUGGGCGUUCUGAAGACCCCUACUCCCUGCCAGUUAAAUCCAAAGGAGGGCGCUCUAAUGGUCGCAAGACUAAGUCUCCCGGUCCUGGUCUGUCUGGAGGAGAGAGACCUUCAUCUGUGUCCUCUGUCCACUCUGAGGGAGACUGUAACCGUCACACCCCACUCACCAACAGAGUGUGGGAGGACAGACCCUCAUCUACAGGCCCCACUCCAUUCCCCUGUAACCCCCUGACCAUGCAGAUGCGUCUCCCCAGCGGGAUGAUGUCGGGACCCUCACCUUCCCCAACGCAGCAGGGCACAUCGGCGCCUCCACAGGGCCAGACUCAACCCCGCACCUGGGAGGAAGAACCCAAACCUCUACUGUGCUCUCAAUACGAGACCCUGUCAGACAGCGAGUGAACACACACCUCACGCCGCGUACACUAGGACUGAACGUUUGCUGCUUAUGAACAGAAACUUGUUACUGUAAACAGGGAUGUUCGUGAACACACACGUACUCAUGUCCAUACUGACAUAUGGGAACACACAAGUCCAUCUGCGCUCAUGCCCUCUGAUACCUCUACACACAUAUUCAUGCAUAGAGACACACAUCCCAAAACCCACCCAAGCGCACACACUCACGUCAUCAGUGGAAGUGCAUUACAUGGCUGCAGACGUGUGUUGAUGUGUCAGUGUGUUUGUGAAUGCGCACACGUGUUAGCGUGUGCGUCACUCCAGGACUACUCGUAGGAUGAAUCACUUUUUAGUUUUUUUUUUUUUUUAUAUGA